AUGUAUACUUAUUUUGUUACAGCAGCCACUAGCUGCUCUAUCAUUAAAUCAAUCAAAUGUAGACUUAUAAAAGAUUCCACAGCAGAAUACCUGGUUUGCCUGAAGUCGAACUCAAUAGAAGUUUAUACCCUGCCUGAAGAUUCAGAAGAAUCAAACUCGCCAUUCGAUAGUGGACCUAACCCCUGUUUAAUAACCUCUCUUCACUCAUACUUUACCUUUCUUACUUGUAUCGAAUAUAGACCUCCUAACCAUAAUCAAUCAUAUUUGUUGGUUUUAACACAAAAUUAUACACUAAUUCUGCUGAAAUUUGACUCAGAAAACUGUAAAUUUGUCUCGAAGAACGUGGCCUGUCUGCAAGAGCCCUUUUCGGGAGUGAGAUGCGGGAACGUUAUCCUAAAGAUUGACGCGGCUUAUAACCUGAUAGUGUUUUGCGGUCAUACUCGAAUAAUCAAAUGUAUAGUGCUGAACAAAAGUGACUAUUUUAACUUCUCGGACAUCAUAACGAUGAGGACGAACGACUCGUUCUUUUUGGAUUUCGAGUUCAUGUCAGUUGAAUAUAAAAGCGAGGACUCUAUGAAGGUAAAUAUUGAGGGCGAGUCGAGAAGUUACUCGAACUCGCUGAGCCAGGAGUUGCAGUUCAAGUCGCCUAACAGAAACAGCUCCAUUCACCAGUUGGAGUGUAAACUGCUGGUACUCGGACAAGACGACAGUGACAGUAAGUCUGAACCAGCAAGAUGGCUGUACGGAAUGCACCUGUCCUUUGAAAUUGAGCUUCUGAACGGCCACAAGAGGUUUAACUCGUACAGCAACGUCCCGCUGUUCGGAGACCCAGUGAAGCUGAGCAGCCCAUUCAGCAAGUUCGUCCCACUGAGCCUUAACAGCACUAGCAGGAACGACAGCACCUUGAUGCUGGGAUCAGGCUCGGUGGCGUACACGAGCUUUAAAGCGCCGAAGGAAGUGAGGAGCUUCAAGCUCGACGUCUCAAUGACGGAAGUCUCCUGCUACGCGCGUCACAGCACAAAUAAGUAUCUGUUCGCGGACGACAACGGGAACGUGUACAUUAUGGAUCUGCUGCUGUCGACAAGGAACGAGGGAACGGGGCUGAAGAGAAGAGUGGGACCGAGCGUUGGGGCUAAAAGCGUUCAGGCCACGAAGCGCGAGGGCGAGUUGGUGGUGCGAGACGUGAAAGUCGAAAGAGUGGGAAGCUGCGCAAUCCCAUCGUCGAUAGUUAAGUUGGACGAAGAGAGAAUAUUCUGCACGAGCAGGCACGGAAACAGUGCCACAAUGAGGAUAAAGGGCGCGGGCGAUAAAAGGAGUAGGAUUCAGAGCGGCAGAGUAUGGGCGCAGGCGAACGUGGGCCCAGUCACAGACUUCACGUACCUGCAGGAGGAGGAGUCGGACGGAUCGAUACUGGCUUGUUGCGGCUCGGGGACCUCAGGCUCGUUCUGCAAGAUUUAUUUUGGGAUAGGGUCGGAGGUUCUGUACUCGAAGGAGUUGCGAGGAGUUCAUAACCUGUUCGGGCUGCACCUGCAGGGAAGAGAGGAGAGUGAAGGACAUCUGGUAAUGUGCAUCUCAUUCUACCGCUUCACGAGGUUCUACCUGGUGAGUCAGGCGGAAGGAGAGGCCAGAGAUAAGGGAGGAAAAAGUAACUCCUUGGAGCUGCUGGAAACCAAACUGAGUGAAAUAGUAAAGCUGGAGAGGGAGGAGCUAAUAACUGAUGAAACGACGCUUUUGUUCUCGAGAUUUAAUGAGGAUUGCGUUCUGCAGGUGACACCACUCAACGUGUUGGUGGCGGCGCAGGGCUUUAAAAAGGUGACGAGAGUCUCAGUCUCGGAGUUGGCGAGGGUCGGAGAAGGCCCGGACUUCACAGUAAGCGCAUUAGUCUGCGGAAGGCACAUACUGCUGCUGCUGGCGAGUAACACCGUGCUGUUGCUGGACCACGAGUUGAAAGUGGUGAACAGAAAAAAGAUGGGCACGAGCGUGUCCUCAAUAUCAUACAUAUCGAAAGGAGACCUGACGAGAUCGAGUUUUAGAGCCUCGUCAGUGUUUAAGCAGGCUGAGUGCGAGGGAAUACUGGCUGCUACCGGAUGGGACAGCGAAAUCAUGAUAAUGCCCCUGUUGAGCUUGGAAGUCGUUUACAAGUACAGAUGCAGCAUUGGCUUCGGGACCUUUGUUAAGUCCCUGAAGUUCGGCAUGGUGGGUCCCGAGGUGUACCUGCUGGCGAGCGUUUCGGACGGUAAGCUGUACACGUAUAAGUUUAAGGAGACCGCCGAAAGUGGCGACGAGGGCCCGAAGGUUAAAAUUGAGCCUGACAACAUAGUUGAGUUGAGCGACGGAUCAUUUAAGUUAUUGGACGUGCAGCUGGGCAGAGACGAUGAAACCUGCGACCUCAGAACAAGAAAGCUAAUAACGACGGGAAGCAAGUGCAGCAUCAUCCACGCAAGCAACAAUAAGAUAGAGUACACGAAGGUGAAUGUGAGCAAUUUAUGGGCGUUGGCAACAUUGUCAAACAAGUGGUACAGCAACAACAGUAACGGUGGCACCAGUGAUAAAAUGAAACACAGUAGUGCCAGUACUGGUAAAACGAACCGGAGCGGUAGCGCCAACCAGUACUCAAGCGGAACAUUUUUGUCAAACUCAGACGAGGAGACUCUGGUGGUCUAUUACACGAACAAAAGCAUAGUGGUGGGCACGUUAGACUUUGUGAAGAACUUGAACGUUAAAAGAAUAGUAACGGGGGCUAACAUGAAUAAGAUAGCUUACCACUCCGGGUCAAAACUGGCAGUAGUGUCGACGAUACCACAAUACGUAGUUAACCCGAAUGAACUGAGUAAUGUUGAAGAAAAUGAAAACAGAAAUAAUGUUAGAGGAGCUGACGAAUUACAAGUUGAUAAGGUGGAUUUAAAGAGGGAACCUGAAGAGGCAAGGCGUGGCGGGACAAAGAGGACAAUCCACGAGGAACCGGAGCAAUAUCAGAAUAUAAUGGUAUGCACGGAAGCAAACGAGCUCCUGGAAAGCACGAAUGACGCCUUCAUACCGAGCUGCCUGCUAUUCGUAGACGUCGAAAGUAGCAAAAUCGUCCACAAGCUGGAAGUCCCCGAGGGACACGUAGUCUCAAGUCUCCGCACGUACAUCCACGAGCACGUGGAGUACGUGGCCGUGGGAAGCUCGCUGGUAUCGGAGCAGAGCGACCUGCCUGCAGAGGGGCACCUGUACCUGGUGGAAAUCGACAGAAGCAGGGGCUCUCUGGCGUUCAAGGUGCAGAGGACCUCGGAGCCCUUCGAAGGAGGAGUAGUGGACAUCGCAGUCAUGGACGAGAUGCUGGUCCUGGCAGUGAAUGCGACGCUGAUGAUCGUGAAGCUCGGCGGGGAGCACUCAGUGACCACGCCGCUGAAGGACAAAAAUAGACCUAAGUCAGGCAGGGUCGGGGAUCAGGGAGGAGGCGCGGCAGGCUCAAGAGGCGGCAAGGCGGAAAAGAAAAAUUACAAGCUCGAGUACGUGCAGGGCUGCGCAGAGGAGUGCACGAGGUACCUGGAGCUCAUAACGAGCUACGAGUCGAACACGUACAUCGUGGCGGUGGACGUCUGCGAGGACAGCGUCUUCCUGGGGGACCUGAUGACCUCGGUGAAGCUGCUCAAGUUCAAGGACAAGUGCCUCUACGAGUCCUGCAGGGACUUCAACACGCUCUGGACGUCGUCGCUGGCGGCAGUCGACGCCUCGACGUGCCUGGUCGCCGACGACUCGGGGAACUUCAGCGUGUUCGCCAAGUCGAAGACGCCGGUCAACGACCACAAGGCAAUAAAGUUUGACACGCUUGGGCUCUUUCACCACGGGGAGACGGUGAACAGAAUAGUAAAGCGACGAAGGGCUGUUGUUGACGCCGGAAGGCACCUUAAAAUCGCAAGUAAACUAGGUCAAAAACGACACGCCUGCGAAAGGCUGUUUUGUUGUCAGGGCGCUCCCGCAGGCCAUGAGCGCUUUAAGAUGAGGGAGCGCUCCAGCCUCUUCGACGCAACGUUCACGUGCUGCACGAGCUCCGGGAGCUUCCUGCAGCUGUGUGUCUUCAGCGACGUCAAGCUGUUCCUCAGGCUCUCGCUGCUCGAGCAGACGCUGCAGCUGUUCCACAGCCACACGGGCGUGAACCUCAACAAGAACUACCGCAACUUCGAGAACCUGCACACGACGGUUCCGCCCCGCGGGUUCGUCGACGGCGACCUCGUCGAGCGCUUUCUCAGGCUCCCGCAGGCCGCGAAGCUCCGCGUGUUUGAGUCCUUCAGAAAGAACGCGCAGGAGCUGGACCUGGACUGCAGCACGCUCGACCAGCUCGUCGCAACAGUCGAGAACGUAACCAACAGCAGGCUGAUGUAG